AGUUAGCAGCAGUGAGCGAGAAUACUGAAGCAGCCACUGCCGCCGGCCAGUGAAAAGCUUGACUUUGUUUGACAGCUCGUACGCUGCGCCCUGCUGCUGAUAUUUUUGACGACGUGUCAGCCGCUUUAAACCCGUGGUGUGCGUCCGUUCGUCACUUGCGGGCUGGUGGUUUACUGGUGAAAUAAGGACCGACAUUCCCCAAAGCUACGAAACUACAGAGAUAAACGCCAGUCAAUGGGUAAUAAAAACAGAGAUUGGUUAGCGUGUAGCUAACCAGCUAAGUUUAGGGCUGUGAUGGCUAACGAUAGCUAGCAGCGGCUUUUGGUUAGCGCCUUAAAAUUACAUAUAAUUGAACUUGUUCUCACUCUGUACGUGUUUUGUUAGCAUGUAAGCUGCUAGCUCUUGGAAGCCGUCGUAAAUUGUUUUUGCCGGAACACUCGAUGCCCCAGCUCUUUGCUAUUGUGCUUGGAUAACUGGAUGUGUAACGCAGUCAGCUGAGCCGUGUUUUGUUUGGCAUAUGAUGAUCGUAAAGGGACUACAUCAAUGAGUGACUAACAAAUGAGUUUUGGGAAAUGGGGCUGGAAGGUAGCCAGAUGAUCUCCCCCACCACUGCAAACAGUACAGAGGUCCCGGAGAUGGACAGCUGCGCCUGCUGUGGGACUUUGUGAAUCUGUGAAGGCGCUGGACAAAGGACAGGAGUGUCUCUGUUCACCACAAUUAAGCCCGAUCAGAGGCAGGGAUACAGGGUUCACUCUUCUGAUGAAGCCGAAGAUGAUGAUGAGCCUGAAGACCCUAUUGAUCACCAGUCUUCUUGGCUGUGUGAAGUGCCAGGAGAGCCAGAGUAUGACUUCAGAGGAGAUGAGUGGUAUCAGGAAUCAGAUUGUGGAGAUGUUCGAUCAUGCCUACGGCAGUUACAUGAAAUAUGCGUACCCAGCAGAUGAGCUCAUGCCUCUGAGCUGCAGGGGGAGAGUCCGCGGCCAGGAGCCUAACAGAGGAGAUGUAGAUGACUCCUUGGGGAAGUUUUCUCUCACAUUGAUUGACAGCCUUGAUACACUGGUGCUCUUGAAUAAGCUGGAUGAGUUUGAAGACGGGGUGAAGAAGACUGUGAAGGACGUACGUCUGGACAAUGACGUGGUGGUGUCUGUGUUUGAGACCAACAUCAGGGUUUUGGGUGGGCUGUUGGGGGCCCAUGUUAUGGCCGACCUCCUCCGCCAGCGUGGAGACAGGAUGCAGUGGUAUCAGGACGAGCUCCUGCACAUGGCCAAAGAGUUGGGCCAUCGAUUACUGCCUGCCUUUAACACCACAAGUGGCCUUCCAUACCCAAAGAUAAAUCUGCGCUAUGGAAUACAGAGUCCACUGUCACGCACAGGUACUGAGUCGGACACCUGCACGGCCUGUGCAGGAACAAUGAUCCUGGAGUUUGCUGCCCUCAGCAGAAUGUCAGGAGAUUCUGUGUUUGAGGACUAUGCUAGAAAGGCUUUGGACGUCCUCUGGGAGAGGAGACAGAAGGGAAGUGACUUGGUGGGGACCGUUAUCAAUAUCCAUAAUGGAGAGUGGGUCCGCAGAGACAGUGGAGUCGGUGCUGGUAUCGAUUCAUACUAUGAAUAUUUGAUGAAGGCCUACAUUCUUCUAGGAGAUAAUGUAUUUCUGGAGAGGUUUAAUAUUCAUUACAGUGCCAUCAUGAAGUACAUCAGUCAACCUCCCCUACUGCUCAAUGUUCACAUGCACAACCCCACUGUUAGUGUGCGCAGCUGGAUGGACUCACUGCUGGCUUUCUUCCCCGGUUUACAGGUUUUCAGAGGAGAUCUCAAACCUGCCAUCGAGACUCAUGAGAUGCUUUAUCAAGUCACUAAACAGCACAAGUUUCUUCCAGAGGCUUUCACCACAGAAUUCAGAGUUCACUGGGGCCAACACCUACUGAGACCAGAGUUUGCAGAAAGCACCUACUACCUCUAUAAGGCCACUGGUGACCCCUACUACCUCAGAGUGGGACAGUCCAUCGUGGAGAAGCUCAACGCCUACACCAGGGUGCCUUGUGGGUUUGCUGCUGUUCAGGACGUCCGCACCGGGGCACACGAAGACAGGAUGGACUCCUUCUUCCUAGCAGAGAUGUUUAAAUACCUCUACCUGCUGUUCACGGAGAAGAGCCAGCUGCCCAUUGACAUUGACGACUACAUCCUCACCACUGAAGCUCACCUCCUCCCCCUGUCUCUCUCCACCACCCAGUCUUCAUGUCAGGGCAAUGUGACAGGGAGAAACCUUGACUCAGCACUAACAGAGACGACCGAUUCUGCCUCUCAAGAAGAAUACUUGUUCUCACAUUCCUGCCCUAGCACAGAGACGCUGUUUCCUAACAACCCUUCAUUUGCAAAGUCCAUCCGGGACAGUUACAAAUACCUCACUGGAGUGGGACGAGCCUUCCGCCCUUUACCUGUCAGGGAAAUAGAGCUUCCACUCCAUGAUAAUGGAAUGGAGCCGAUGGAGUUUUUAAAAAGUAUGGGCAUUUCUCUGACCCAACUACCCCAGGCCACUGAAGGAAACUUUGAGCAUAAAGGCGUGUUCCGGGUAAAACUGGUGGCGGAGGUAAGCCCCACAACAGAAGAAAUAGAAGUAGUCCCUCAUGCAGUCCAGCUCAUUUCGCCUCCUUUUCUGGGCCGGACAGUUCUGACUGCUGGACCUGCUAAGUUUGGAAUGGACAUUUCCAAACAGGAACAUGGGGUGAAGGGCAGCAUCGUGAAGGCGUCUCCCUACACUGCCUGUGUACAAAUAGACAACACAGCGGACAUUAAAGGCCACAUCGCCUUAGCUCUUCGCGGUGACUGCAUGUUUGCCACAAAGGCUCGUCAGCUGCAGGAAGCUGGAGCCAUAGGAGUCAUUUUCAUAGACCACCGUGAAGGUAGCAAUAGCGACGACACUCCUCUGUUCCAGAUGGUUGGAGACGGAGAGUCCACCAACGACAUCACCAUAGCUCUGGUCUUUCUAUUUGGCCGUGAAGGUGCGGUUCUCACGUCUGCUCUAGAGGAACAUCAGAAUGUGGACGUGCUGCUGCUGCCGAAGGAAAAUCAUCUGGGACGUGAAAAGAGAGAGAAACCUGUGGGCAUGAACAUCAAACUCCGCCUGGCGGAGGAGGGUGAGCUGGAGGCAGGAGCAGUCAGAGGCCCCACACUGGAGUUGGUCCUGGAGAAAGACGGUGUGGUUCUCGAGGAAGAGAUGAAGGAGUCCGGAGGAGAAUUGUCAACGAAAGAAGAGCAGCAGCAGCAGGAAAAUCAGGAGCAAAUCUGCAGGACAGAAACAGACAGAGAGGAUCUCAGGACUGAAUUGUUUUCAGCGGAUUCAUCUCUGCCCACAAACUCACAAACUGAACAGAAAACAAAUCCUUGAUCUUGUUUUACAAGAGCCCCAGACACCAACACUGGCCUCUGACCUGGAGCACUUUGACCUGCAUGACCCCACACAGUUACAGACACGGUGCUGUGUUUCAGUGAGAAAGUUGUGGCUUUUACCCUGUGUGGUGGAGAAAAUUAGUUUGGACUUGUAGUGAGCCAAAACCUUUAGGAUAAAUCUGAACCAGAAGAACUGCCUGUGUGUGGUGAUGGUGGGGUAGAACAUUAGUUCCUCACCUGACUAUGCAGUAGAUGAGGCAACAACAAUACACUCAACUACAUGUUUUUAUGCAACGCUGUAUGUUUUUUAUUCUAGAUGCACCUUUAAUGUCUGCCAGUACUGUUAAUAAUACCUGAAUAUGGCCACCAGGUGGUGUUAGUGACUUAUACCGUGUUAAAUGAAGUAGACGAACUGGGGCCAUUUUAAAUUAGUUUAUUUAUUAAUUUUGUAAUGGUGAAAAUCUUCAGGGAAUUUAAAGAGUAAAUGUGUAGAAUGCUGUGGUGACCCUUGAGUGAAAAGAGUGUGUGUGUGUGUGUGUGUGUGUGUGUGUGCUCGCAUAUGUGUGACAAUUUCUUCUCAAAUCAAAUCAAUUCCAUUUGGUAAACUUGACUAGGUUUGGAAAUGAUUGACAUUUUAGCACAGUCUAGUUGCAUUCUCGACAUGGGCAAACUAUGGCCCCUGGGCCAGAUGCUGCCCGCUGGGCCUUCUAAUCCGGCCAUCCACACACUAGUACAAGAGAAGGGGAAGACUGAUGUCAGUCCUUCUGUUUCAUGCAUUACAACAUCGAUAGUAAUUUCAAUUUCACUGAAGCUUUCGCUUUAAUCUUCAACAUUUUAUUCAUAUUAUUUAGCUCAAACAUUCUACAUUCAACCAAUAAUGAAACAGCCCACUAAUCAAUAUUUGAACCUUAUUUUGGCCCACAGGCCAAAACGUUUGCCCAUGCCUGAUCUAGUUCUAAGGUUUCUAACCUUGUAUUGUUGCAUAAAUAUGGAAGUGUACUCUGGAGAAAAUCCUUGUUCUUUUUCAUAAAAGAGAUUCACUCCUAUAAUGGAUAAAAUAAUCACCAGAUAUGUUUUUGGGAUUAUGGUUUGGUACGCCCCCAAUUUUUUUCAAAGAGGUUAUUGAAUCACUCCCUCCAGCAGAGGGCACCCUAAGUAACCGCCCAUGUGGCCUAUACCAAGAGCCGGCUCUUCUUUUGGUGUUUGGUGACCUCUGUACUGGGAGGUUAAGUUGCAAUAUUAAAGGUUUGGUCUUUGCCACGGGUUCUGCUCAUCUUUGAGAAAAGUCUGGAAGAUAUUUGUUUUGGAUCUAGUUUGAAAGAAUCUAGCCCUGUUGCAUCUUCCCUUAAUAAUAUUGCAAAAAAAAACAAAACAACACACUUUGCAGGAUAACAAUAUCUGUUAUACUGCAGGUAAAGCAUCAAAGUCUGGUCCACGGUCUGACCACGGACCACUCGGAACACAAGUUUGGUUAUACUGACUUACCUGACUUCAUAUCUGUAUGGUUCUGUGUGUGUGUGUGAGACUGUGUUACAGUUGUAGUAUCUCUAUGGGUCGCUAAUGUACAGUACAUUUUACAUAUUCUAAAACACAAAACUGCCGGUCUGCAAUUAGAAUUAAACAGUGUUUUAUUUUUAUUUUUUUUACUUUUUUUAAAUUGCAAUGUAGAAAUAUAUUUCCAUCACACUCACACUCGUUUUGCAUUCUUAACAUUUAACCAUAUACUUGAGACAAAUGCACAAUGAGUUAAUUUGCUUUAAUCUUACUAAUGUACAAAAGGUUGUGUUUUUUAUAUGAAAUGUGAGCCGAAAGUAGGUGGUUUUUCUUUUCUCCAUGUACAGUGUAUUUUCAUUUAAAUGCUGCUCAGUCCAUUUUUAAUUUUUCUUUCUAAAGUGACAUUUUAUAUUUUGGUUUGUAUUAGCCAAUAUAAGGCACUGCCCACCUGUAUACCUCAGGACUGUUUUACCUUUACCGUUCUCACACAGAAGACCAGACAUAAUAAGUGAAUUUUUAAUGCUGUUUUAUUUUCUGCUGUUUUUCCUUAUUAAAAAAAUAAUUAAUUCAUGUUCAUUAAUCAGUGGCUAAAGCUGAAACUGUGCCAUAUUUGAUGCAUGACACGAUUCCAUACCUUUUCUCUGUUCAGUUUCUCAUUGUGACCUGAGACAGUUUGGUCAAUAAAUUACAAAAAAGGUU